GUCUUGACAAAGACUACUUAGUGGGCGGAACGGAACAUUUAGUACAACGCGCAUGCGCUGACUGACUGAAAUGUUGAGUUAUCACACAACAUGCAUGACAGGUGACAAGGACAGAAAUGAAUGGAUCACUGGUUUUGAAGAAUAAACGUUGCACUUUGGAGAGAGCAGAGAAGUUCAUAUCAGAUACCUACUUUACGGAUGUGAAUUUAAGAGGAAGGCUGUAUCCAGACAAAAAGCCAGUUACAGCCAUUUAUCAUUGUGCUGUAGAAGAUAGGAUACCAUACAAUGAAGCAGUUAGUCGUGAAUUUACCAAAACUGAAAUUGGAGAAUCCUUUGGACCAACCUGGGCAACACAUUGGUUUAGGAUUGAGUUCAUCAUUCCUGAUGAAUGGUCCAAUAAAGAAGUGAGAUUAGCUUGGAAUUCCAACUCAGAGGCAACUGUCUGGCAAGAUGGAGUACCUGUUCAUGGAUUGGAUAAAGACCAUCACACAGACUUCCCUCUGUCAUCCCUCCAGACUGGUGUACAACAGAGACUGUUUAUUGAGAUGGCAUGUAAUGGAAUGUUUGGUGCUGGCUCUGGUUUGAUUGGACCACCUAAUCCCAACAUGACCUUCAACCUCAGCAAAGUAGAACUUGUGACCUUUGACCGGUUGGUGUUUGACCUCAUCUGUGACAUUGAGACUCUUGUGGAUAUGGUCAAGCACAUUCCAGAGACUGACCAACGCAGCUUCCAAGCUUUGUAUACUGUCAAUUCCAUGGUCAACAUUUGUACAAUAGGUAACCCUGACUCGUACCAAAAGGCAAGACAGGUUGCCCAGAAGUUCUUAAGUCAGGCAUCAGGCUCUUCCUGUCAUACUGUGCAUGCAAUGGGGCAUGCCCACAUUGAUUCAGCCUGGCUAUGGCCAUACGCAGAAACAGUGCGGAAGUGUGCACGAAGCUGGUCCACCACGCUGUCACUGAUGAACAGACACCCAAAGUACAAGUUUGCUUGCUCUCAGGCUCAACAGUAUGAAUGGAUGAGAACUCACUUUCCUGUUCUGUUUGAGAAGAUACAGCUGGGUGUUCACCAGGAACAGUUCAUUCCAGUUGGAGGGGUGUGGGUAGAGAUGGAUGGGAACCUUCCUAGUGGCGAGUCUUUUAUUCGUCAAUUCUUAUAUGGCCAGAGGUUCUUUAUGAAGGCUUUUCAGAGGAAAUGUAAUGUGUUUUGGCUUCCAGAUACAUUUGGGUACUCAGCUCAGCUGCCUCAGAUCAUACGUGAAGCAGGAAUCGAGUAUUUUGUUACUCAGAAACUCAGUUGGAAUCUCAUCAACAAAUUCCCGCAUUCUACAUUUUGGUGGGAAGGUAUUGAUGGAUCACGUUGCUUGACUCAUUUCCCUCCUGCUGAUAACUAUGGGACAUCUGCUAAAGUUGAAGAGAUUCUCAAUACGGUGACUGGUAACAAGGACAAGGGGCGUGUCAAUCAUUCCAUGUUGCUCUUUGGUUACGGUGAUGGAGGAGGCGGUCCAAGUGAAGUGAUGCUAGCAAGACUUGAGAGAAUGAAAGAAGUUGAUGGGCUACCAAGGGUCAAAAUGUCAACACCUCAGCAUUUCUUUGAGUCUGUGGUGAAGGAAGGAACAGAUAAUUUGUGUUCAUGGGUUGGGGAGUUGUACCUUGAACUACAUCAGGGAACAUUCACCUCUCAGGCCAAGAUAAAGAAGUGCAAUCGCAAGAUGGAGUUCUUACUGCGAAAUGUGGAGCUGGUUUAUUCAGUUGGACUGGCCACUUCUGGACCAAGAGGGCACUAUCCAUCAGAUCAACUUGACCGCAUGUGGAAGGGAUUACUUCUCAACCAAUUUCAUGAUGUAUUACCAGGGACAUGUAUAGAGCAGGUUGUUGAUGAUGCUCUGAUGAUAUACAAAGACAUUGAGAACACAGCCUCUGAUCUCUUCAUUCAAGGUCUUCAGGCAUUGUGUGUACCUUCACAGCAGAAAGGGUACUGUGUAUUCAAUCCUGUCUCUUGGCAACGAUGUGAGGUCAUCACUCUUCCCUCUCACGGAGAAGAUGACGGACCAUCAGGAGCUAAGAUUGCAAAACGUGCAGCAGUGACCCAUGACUGUGAAGGAAGAACUCUGGUUUUGGUUAAUGUACUACCUUUGAGCCUCAUGUCACCAUGUGAGAUGGCAACAAGUGUUAAACCAGUACAAGUAAAACAAGUUGAGGGCGCCUUUCAGCUAGAGAAUGAACAUCUUGUGGCUGUUGUAGAUCGGCUUGGACGAGUAAAGAAGUUACAGCACCGAGAAGCUGAUAGAGAUGCCUUCAGAACAAGUGAAGAGGGCUGUUUCUAUGGCAACCAGUUUGUCAUAUUUGACGACAUUCCACUCUUCUGGGAUGCAUGGGAUGUUAUGGAUUACCAUUUGGAAACCAGACAGCCUGUUACUAAACAGGUCACUCCUGCACAGAUCAGAGAUAACAACCAACUGCGAUGCUCGAUACAGACCAAGCUCUUCAUCAGUGACCAAAGCUGGAUAGAACAAGUGAUCUCAUUGGACAGUGGUUGCCCAUACCUUAAAUUUACAACAAAGGUGGAAUGGCACGAGAACCACAAGUUCUUGAAAGUUGAGUUUCCUCUCAACGUGCGCUCUACCAGUGCAACAUACGACAUCCAGUUCGGCCAUUUUCAACGACCUACACACUUCAAUACAUCCUGGGACUCUGCAAAAUAUGAGGUGGUAGGCCAUAAAUGGGCUGAUCUGUCAGAGCAUGGGUUUGGCGUUGCUCUCCUCAAUGAUUGCAAAUAUGGCCACAGUUGCCAUGGUAACAUCAUGAGAUUAUGCUUACUACGAUCAUCCAAGAGUCCUGAUCCAUCAGCUGACAUGGGACAGCAUGAAUUCACAUAUGCCAUCAUGCCUCAUAAAGGCAGUUUACAAGAGAGUCGUGUGAUCCAAGAAGCUUAUAAUCUUAAUAAUCCAUUGGUUGUUUUUCCUGGUACCACGCCACUUCACUUUGGUUCAUAUUUCACAGUAGAUAACUCAGCUGUCAUCAUUGAAAACAUCAAGAAGGCUGAGGAUGAUGAGAAAGUUCUAGUGAUGCGUCUUUAUGAAGCAUUUGGUGGACAGGCUAAAACCACAAUCCAGACUUGCCUACCAGUUUGUAAAGUUGAAAGGUGCAACAUACUUGAGGAGCCCACCCCCAAAAAUUCCCUGAAUGGAACCUGUAUCCAGAUGGUUGAUAGGUCAGUCCAAAUUUAUCUCAAUCCAUUUCAAAUUGUGUCCUUGCUGUUGUUUCUGGAGUAGGAAGAAUGCCUGAUUCAUGAAUCUGUAACCAUGGCAUCUGACAGUGUACAAUGCCCAGCUAUAUUGGCAAGAUGAAACACCUUUUACCAAGAAUAUUGACUGGUAAACCUACUGAAGACAGCAAGAUUAUUUUGUGCCCAAACACUUGAUUUUGAAAAAAGAAACAAUGUACCGGUAUAUGAGCCCAAACUUUUCAUGAUAUUUCUUACCAUAACCCUACCUACAUGUACCUUGGAGCAGUAUUUGCUGUAAUUAGCUGCAUGCAAGAGCUGCAUCAGGGUACCACACAUAAUUAGCCUUCACAGACUUGCUAGAUAAUAUGUGUGUGUAUAAAACCAGCUGGGUCAGUUAGAGUAGGAAAACAUGCACAUGUCAGCUACUAAUACAUGCAUAUAUUGACAAACUGUGUUUAGAUCUCCAUAUUACUGUCAAGCCCUGUUGUAAGUGUAUAAGUCCUCUGGUGUAAAAUGGUUCAGAAUAAUGACUGACUGUGAUAGGGGUCUGAAGGGGAAGCAUUCUAGCUUCUUAUUUGAUGUGCACUAUACUAGGUGCAAAGUUAACAGUUGGUUUAUAUGAUUUAAAUUUGUCAUGUGUUUUGUCCUGGAAGAGUUCAUUUGUGUAUUUUUGGAAAUUUGGUGAAGAACAUUUCAAUAAAGUUAUCUUAGUAAUUUUGUAUAUCAACUACAGUAGUUUAUGCUGGUGAACUCUUUUUGCUAAACACUUUGACAAAUUGAUUUCUAAAUAGGAAAUUUUGCAACUUCUUUCAGCAAAAAAAUUGAGUCCUCUUCAAUUCUCUAAAUAGAGUUUUAAACGGAAGAGCUUUUUGUGUUGUUCUCCUAACGAAAAGAAGCAGCUAUUUUUGUAUUAAUUAGUAAACAGUAAUUACUGAUACUCUGCCCAUCAACUCCUAUCGUUGAUACUAUAAUUCUGCAUAGCAUGAAUCAAGGUGUCUUGUGAAGUUAUUUUGGUGUGGAAUGAUUCUUAAAUUGGAAAUAUUUAGGUUGUUUUUAGCAAUGUUUGGGUUUUUUUUUUUUGAAAGAAAGGUAAACUAACUUUAACUUUUAGAAGAUUUUCUAAGUGCUUUACAAUUAUUUUGAAUGAAUGUGAAAAUAAACUGCUGUAUCUGUACAUUUGGAGUGCAGUUUUUGAGGAAUUUAGGGACUAUUUUAAUGGUAUAUGCACUGACUGGUCAACUCUUUGAUUGAUUGACUGACUAAAAUGUUAUUUGGUAAAUAACAAAAACUUCCAAAAGCAAUUUUGAUUGAGAAUAAUUUAAUUUCAGUUCACUAAAUGUUUCAAUUGUAAAGUUUGUACCCUGAAUGCAUUUCAAACGAUUUAGUAAAAAUGAUCUUUAAUAAACUACAUGUAUAUAAACCCCUCUUUUCUACAUUACAGUCCUGCCAAUAGUUUGCUAAUUCGGGCAGUUCACAAUUGUGCGCCUCCAAGAGUUUGACUUGUUGGCCAAUCAUGAUGUGUGAAAUCUGUUGACCCUUUCAAAAUGUA